ACCAUACUUUGCCUCGCCCAAUCAAGGCGCUCGCCGUGUCGACUAAGUGACUGUUUCGGCCACGCUCCGCAGAAGCUUAGGUGCUAGCAGCAUGAGUUUAAUAAAGUUGGGAUGAUCGGUCGUUAAGGAGAAGGAAUGCGAAGGGAGGGGACCCGACAGCGACAGACAGCCCACUAGCAGUCUAGUCAUAAAUCUCUGGUCGCGUGUCCUUGCGCCUGUUCGCCUCCAUAUCGAGCAGGCUCCAUGUCUAUCAUCGCCCAGGAUACCCUGAACACUCAGCCCUAACGAGUAACGACAGACAACAACCGCCAGAGUGGAGGAUCCAAGCCGACCCGCCAAAAUGAACAAGCUCAAGAACCGCUCCCUCUACGAACUCCUCCACGUCGAUCCCUCGCUCGACAGUGCCCAUGUCUACGAAACCUCCUGGCUCCUCCCUCCCCUCCCCUACGCCAUCCUCCGUGGCACCAUCUCCCUCUACAUCUUCACCAGCAUCUUCUUCAUCUGGGGCUGGAGCGGCACCCAUGGCGACCGCGCUGAGAUCGGCGAGAGCUUCAGCUACUUCACCUGGCUCACCUACUGGGGACUAGGCUUCUACAUGCUCAUCGCCUCCAUCCACACAGCCUGCUAUGCACUCAAGGGCCGCUCCGUUCUCUUCGACCGCUGGCCCCGAGCCCUGCGCGCCCUUCACGGUCUCUACUACGCCAGCGUCACGACUUACCCAUUCCUCGUGACUAUCGUCUUCUGGGGCAUCCUCUACUCCGGUCCAUGGUACACCGUGACCUUCAGCGGCUGGCAGAACAUCUCCCAACACGGCCUCAACUCCCUCUACGCCCUGCUGGAAAUCAUCCUCCCGACCACAAAUCCCCACCCCCUCCUCAGUCUCGCCGUCCUCAUCUUCAUCCUCCUCCUAUACGUCUCCCUCGCCUACCUCACCUACCACACCGAGGGCUUCUACACGUACUCCUUCCUGGACCCCGGCCCGCACGGUGAAAAGAGCGCCCACGUCGCGGGCUACUGUUUCGCGGUUUUGGCGAUUAUCGUCGUCUUUUUUAUCUUCUCGUGGUGCGCGAUCUGGUUGCGUCGUAGAUUAACUCAUGGGAAGGUGAAGCGGUCGGGGUAUGAUACUGGGUGCGAGAGGAGUGUUGAGGUGGAGGAGGUGGAGGCGCAGAUUAAGUAGUAGUACUUAUUGUUGGCUUUGGUUGGUUUAGGGAUGAGGGGGGUGGGGUUUGUAAUGUGAUGAGGAUUGUAUAUGGUGGGGUUAAUGAGAUGAUGUGCUUUGGGGCUGUUAAUGUGUGGUAUGGGUUGGGUUCGGUUGGUAUUGGGUACGGGGUGUAUAUAUGAUAC